ACUGCUGCAGCGCUACCCAUACGCUACACAAACGCUGGCAUCUAUGCCAGCCUUAGUAAAAUCAAUACCACCGCACCGAUGACAUUCAACCUGCGUACCGCCGAAACGUCGAGUGGCACAUCCAGCAACAGCAGCAGCUCCAAUUUCGGCGGCAGCAACACAACUACCAUUACACUGGGUAAACCCGCCGUCGCCACACCGGCACACCUCCAACAGUACCUACCUCAAACGUCGGUGAGCACAGUUUUUGAACAGAGCAGUUGUCAUACGCCGGCAUCUGUACGCGAAGGCAGCUCCUCGCCCGACAUCUGUUCAGACAUUGAGAUCGAUGAGUCAGCCAUAAAGGAUGAGCCCAUGUCGCCAGAUUCCAGUUGCCCGCCCAGCCCAAACUCGCCAGAAUGUAUGACAAUGGCGAAAAUCUCUCAUUUGGCCGCGCGUACUAACUCCGAUCUCGUCUUUGAACAUAAGAACGGUUGCCUGCAGCUAACUCCCGCCUCACAGAGCUUACUCAAAGCGCAACAGCUCGCCUUGAACGCCAGCACCGCCACCAAAAGUCAAAAUAUUUUAAUGCCUAAAUUUAAUAUAAAGUCCGAGAACGGCUUUAGUAGUGUUAAUGUUCCCGCGAAGCAUAACGGUCAAUAUGGUCUGCCGCUGACGCCACCCUCCUGCUCAUCAAGUGAUGGUGAUUCUGAAGGUAAUUUAACACCGGAACAUAUACUAUCGCCACUUUCGCCCAACACUUCAGUUUCUAUAUCUGUGGCUAACCCUGCAGUAAUUUCGCCCGUUGCUCUACAUUCCGCGAACGUGCCCCGUAGUGCCAGUAGCAGCAGCUCUUCAUCGCCAUCAUCUGCAUCGUCAUCGACAUCAUCCCUGCACGUCGCCGGCCGACAUGCGGCAGGUGGGACUACUGGUUCCACACGUCAGCCUAUACACACCCCGCUUAUUAGCACUCAGCCGAAAGGCUCCACAGGCGUGCUGAUUCUAACCGAAGAAGAGAAACGCACAUUGCAAGCAGAAGGAUAUCCAAUCCCGCAAAAGCUACCACUUACCAAGGCUGAGGAAAAGUCACUCAAGAAAAUCCGAAGAAAAAUCAAAAAUAAGAUUUCCGCACAAGAGAGUCGGCGCAAAAAGAAGGAGUACAUGGAUCAACUAGAGCGUCGCGUCGAAAUACUCGUCAAUGAGAAUAAUGAGCAACGCAAACGUUGUGACGCAUUGGAGCAUACGAAUGCAAAUCUACUAAGUCAAUUGCACAAAUUGCAAACGAUGCUGAACAAACAGAACGGCAAAAAGAAUGCUUGAGCGGUUCGACGGCAAAGGGGGAUGCAAAUAGAAAAUAUUGACUCCUUCUCCACCAAAUAGCAGCGAAAUGAAUUUAUUGUGCGAGAAUGUGUAGUGCAGCCAACGCGGGAGCCGGUGUGUAAGAGCAGUGGGACGCAAAGAAAAUGAAUGCUAAAUGCGUGAAUGAGAUGAUUUUGAGCUACUUAUAUAUAAUUAAUAAUGUUAGUAGUUUAAAACAUAAAUAUUUUAUGAAAUAUUUACACAGAUAGA